AUGUCUUCUGCUUUUAUCGAUGUAAGCACUCACAAUCUUUUGAAUUCAAGCAACACCAUCAAUGAAGAAGAAGAAGAGCAACAAGAUCAACAGCAACACUUGGGCCAAGAUUUGGCAUCUGACUUGAGAAAUUGCAGCAUUUCAUCCGCUGGUAGUAUUGACAUUGAUGGUCAGCCCGUCAGUUCUGAUAUUCUUGUUGCUCUCCUGGACAGACCCAGCGAAAUGAGAGGUUUGGCUGUUUGCAACGCUCAAUUCUAUGAAGCUCUUGAGCACUAUAUUACAGAAACCCAAGGUAAAGAUGCCUGGCAGCGCUUUCAAGAUGUUGUGUAUAAACCUCGUGAUAAGCUGCCUGACCGCCCGUGGAUGAAUCAAAUCAGUCAAUUCUUGGCUUACAAUCCUGUGUUUCUGACCAAAUUCAAGGAAAGCGUUGGCUAUGAAGACGAUGAAGUAUCAGUCUCUACACUAGAUUACACAACCAGUACAUUACCGACAUCAUUUGUACCACCACGCAAACUGACUUCCUCUCAAAGCACUGGUUCAAUCAACACAAUAGGCAGCAACCAUAACGGCGGAGGCGGAGGCGGACGCCGUAGAAGCCGAAGACUAUCAAGCAUGAGUCUAGGGGCUGCUCCGGAUUACAAUGACCAAGAUAGCAUUUUUUUUGAAGAUGCACCAAAGGUCACUGAAGAGAUGUUUGCCACUGAGGAUCAGUUCUAUCAUCAAUACCAACAACAAAACGCGCCCGCUGGUGGUUUCAAUGGCGGAAGAAGACGUCGCUCAUCGUAUCAUUCAAUUCAAUCUGAGCCUCAUCCUACCUUUGUUGAAUCCAAAAUUGACGAAGUUGACGAAGCCAACAUUGAAGUCGAAGCUCAGGAAUCAGGCCAAGAAAGCGAUCAUCUAGGGGACUUGCUGGAUAGCGAGGAUGACGAGCAAGAAGAGGGCCUAGAUACAAACCAUCUGAGAAACACAAAUGACAGAAUCAAAGACAUUGGAGCAGGCUCUUCAACCCCAACAGGCAGGGGUCGUAGCUCGCGCAAUUACUGUGAUAUGGAUUUGAUCAAGCUGCGAGAAGACCCUGAUUUCCAAACAAGAUUACCGCAGACUCAUGCUAGUUACUUUCGCAAAGCACAGCACUUGCUGUCCAUCGCACCAUCCUCGCGUCGCCUCACAGCUACCGUAAGACGCAACUCUAUCCUGGAAGAUGCUAUGCCACCUAGUCCAGUGACUGAAUUGGAUGAACCUCGCUUUCAGACCUGCUCCGAGAUGGAUGAAGAGGAUGAGGAUGGCAACAAUCUGGCUCGACUCAUUUGCACUACUCGCAGACAGCAGCCUGAUGACAUUGCUUGGUUAAACAGCGUCAUGGAGGCUCUGGCUGGAUGGCCUGAAUUGGUUGAUCGUUUGCAUGACAUUGUACAGGAAUCCCUGGAGGAUAAUAGCAAGUGA